UGAAUACAUCUGCAUACUGUAAUAUCUUGAAGAUUGUCUAAUCGUUUUGAGAUUCAUUUUCCAUGUGUCCCAGUGAAUUAGGGGCAGUGAGACCUCCUUUCAUGUAGAUCACAGGUCCCUGUAUCACUGCUUCCAAGUUUAUCGGGGGGUUUGCCUGCUGUAGACCAGUGUCCGAAGAGAAGUUUUGGAAAAUGUGAUGUGCACUUGUGCCUAUUUGUAGGCCUGCUAUAAAUAGCCUGUCAGCCAGCGCGUGUUCAUGUUUGGCUGACAAUUGCAGUGCUUUGCGCUGGGACCGCAGGCAAUUUUCAAAAGGACAUUAAGAAAGAAAUGCUGCUGUACGUAUAGGGAGAGAUACCAUCUGGUUUACCUGAAGCUUGCUGACAAACUAAAUUAAGUUUCGUCGAGUCUGAAGACCUACAAUUUAUCAGAGAACUCCCUCUUCCUGUGUUUGUUUUAUUUUAUCUGGAUAAGCUAGCAAGGGAAAAUGGGUUCCAGGAGAUCAAUCACUCGAGCUUACUCUGCAAACGGAAGAUAUUCUUCCAACAACUCCAGCACUGAAAAUGGGGAAGAGACACCUCUGCCCAGCUCUCGCCCAGACAGCCGCAAUUACCUGCUCAACGUGAGACCUGAAAACAGCUAUUCACGUCACAGGUACUCAUACUACAAGCCAAGGAGCACUUUCUGCAGUGUUAUAGCCCAACUGACUGAGGAAACCCAGCCAACCUUUGAGACCACUGUGAAAUCCAAGGCAGUGUCCGAGGACUGUAAUGUCAAGUUCUCCUGUGUGGUGUCAGGUUACCCAGAGCCUGAACUAACUUGGUAUAAAGAUGACAUGGAGAUGGACCGAUAUUGUGGCCUUCCCAAAUAUGAAAUUUUCCGCAACGGAAAAACUCAUUCUCUUCACAUUUACAACUGCACAGAGGAUGAUGCUGCCAUCUAUCAGGUAUCAGCCAGAAACAGCAAAGGCAUAGUCUCCUGUUCUGGUGUUUUAGAGGUGGGCACCAUGAGUGAAUUCAAAAUACAUCAGAGGUGGUUUGCGAAACUUAAACAAAAAGCUCAGAAGAAAAAGAAGGAGCUGGAGGAGAGUCGGAAGAAGGGCAGAGAGAACCUCCAGGAGAUCAAGGACCAGCUGAGAAUGGUGAGCCCGGAAAGAGCUCCGAGGAAACGGAGAUCAACCGCGGAAGGUACCAUGCAGUCUCCCGUAUCGCUGCCCGAGAGGGAGGACAUGGUGAAAGUGCAUAUUCAGGAUGCAGAGGCCAGGCUACGGGAAGGUACUGCUGAUGGAAAGGAGCAGGCAGCGUCAGGAGCUGAGAUGCCCAAUGGCUUUUCAACAAGUCCUAACGAGACGGGGAAUGCUGAGAAAAGCCCAAUGGAGAAUGGCAAUCAGUUCCUCACGUACAUCUACGAAACAGUGGAAAUAAUCACCAAAAGGCCACCAAACAAAGAAUUUCUUGCCAAAAAGAAGAUAAAGGUGUCUAACGGAAUAGAUGGAGGGGAGCUGAGUGAUGAUGUAGGACAGGGCAGAGUUGAUCAUGAAAAUGAGAACGAUGGAGGUAUGAGUUUGUCACAGUAUUUGUCGCAAUCCCUAAACUCCAAAAUGUCUGAAGAUCCUUUAAAAUCUUCAGCGUCUGAGGAUUUUAUGGAGAUUGACACGGGCUAUGCAAAUUCAACAGUAGAGCCAGAGGGGGUCAAACAACAAUGGCCUGCAACUCAGCUUCACAAUAAUUCUGAAGCAAGGCAAGAGGCUGGGUCAAUGGAGCGCAAGGAGCCAGAACCUCCUAACCCACCGCCUCCCGCUAGCCCGGUAUACUUUUCUUUAAGAGACAUCUUCUUUGCAAACCAAAAUCAGACUGAAGAUCAGCUGUUGGAAGUCCCAGAGAAGCCAGAGCCUGAAGACAUAAAGGCAGAAGAAGAGAAACCAAAGGUUCCUCAGUUAUCAAUCCCUUCGGUUGCUUUAGGCUGGGAUCAGAAACCAGACGAGAAAAAGGAAUACAAACUGCCAGAUGUGGGCUCAUCUGAAACACAUGACAAACCACCGAUUGUGGAUAUGCAUUCAGACCCCCAAUCUUUAGGUGAACUGGAAAUUGCAGAAUCUCCUCUCCAGGUACAAAAAUCUACUGUAGCCAAAGAAAACUUGAGUAUGAAUAGUCCUUCUAAACUAGCCGUUAAAAUAUCUGAUAUGCAGGGAGUGGAGAUGCCAUGUGGAAAGGAGGCGCUGAUGUCUUAUCCUAUGGAAGAACCAGAAACUUCACAACCAUCUAUAGAGGAAGUCUCUGAAAGUAAACAGAAAGAACCUAUGCAAGACCAGCCAGCCCUGCUGGCACUACUGAGUGAGGUUGCGGAUGAGCAAAGGGAAACUCAUUUAAAGGAAACCCAUAUUACUGAGGAUGUGGUCAACACUUCACAGUUAAAUGUAAACGUGCCCUCUUUAAUUUCUACUGAAGAAACAACUGCAUGUGUCAAAGAGUUUAUGACAGAGUCCUCUGUCUUGAACAUUCAUGGAGACCAACGGUCCAAUUUUAUGGGCCAAACUGAGCAAAACAUGGAGACUGAAACACAAAAAGGGAUCCCGGAAACCACUGCUAACGUUGUUGCGGCUUCCGAAUGUGCCAAACCCACAGGAAUCUUGGAUAACAGCCAUGCCUUAGCAGGGAUGGAUCUACAGCAAAAUGAUGUUAAGGACUAUAUGGCUGAAGUGUUGGAUGCAGUCAAGGAAAGUGGAAUAUGUGCCUUAGAUAAACAAGGUGACACUGAUCCCCUGGUGGAAGAAACUGCUGUUAGGGUUGAGAUAGUUGCAAUUCCAGAGGAUACCGUUCGUGGAAAAGAAAGUGAGGUAAUGGAUCUGCAUAAGAAAUACAAAACUGUUCCUCAGGAACCUAUUGUGCCUCUAGAAUUAAAAAAUCCAGCUAUAGCGAUACGGGAGGUAGAACAAGAAAGUGUUCCAAAGGCAACAAAUCUGCAAGAACUAGAGUUACCAGUGGAAUUGGUCCUAGAACGAGACAUCAAAGGAGUCCCGGAAGUGCCAGUAAUAGUUACUCAUGAUCAUAUCGAUUCACACACUAGAGUUGAAGCAGUCGGAGAGGACAGUCUUGUGCCACAAGCUGAGGUGGAAAAGAAAGAGCAAGUAGCAAGGGUACAGAAUAUGAGAUCACAAGAGAAUGAUCAAAUGAUGGACAAUAUGUCAGGCUUACAGAUGGACAUCAGCAACGAGGCAGAUAUAUUCCCAAGUGCAGGUGUAUCCUGUGAUGCCAGCAAGAGCCUUCCGAAGCAUGAUUGCAGUGCACAGAACAACACACCCUCUGCUUCACAGACUCCAGCAGCAGUCCCUUCUGUUUUGGUACCUGCUGUUGUAGUACCUCCUAGUGUUGUACCUCCUAUUUCCAUCGCAUGCUUUGAUGAUGCCUCGCAGGAAGACAAGCAUGCUAAGAGAGAAGUAAUAUCUGUUCCUGCAGCAGGUGGGGCUGUUGUUGAACAGGAUGAAUCCUUAAUUGCACUGCUACGUCAUGUUAAGAAUGAUCUUGAUGCUGGGAUAAGAUACAGUACUAAAAAGGAAUCUGACAGCAAAGAAGCUCCCCUUCCUAUUGUGGCCAGUACAGAUACAGAUGCUGCAUUAAGUACCAGUGAGCAACCAGAAAGCAAGGCGGUACUGACUGCUUUGGGAACACCGAAUCGUGUAUCAAGUACCGCUAUCUCCGUUCCCUCAAAGUCCGAAGAACAGACCACUCAAGGUGUUGGUUUGUCUGAUAAGCCUUCAGUGGAAAAUGUUUUGCUCAGAAGCAUGGUAAGUCCAAUCCUAAGCCCUUCAACUUUAAGAAGGUUUGCAACAAAGAGUCCCUCAAAUGCAGAAGAGCCAGGACUUGCUACAGUUCCAACAAUCAGAGUGGACAGCCUAUUGCUUGAAGACGCUGCCCACUACAAGAGAGCAGAUGAGCAGCCAGAGAAGAAAGACAGCCUACCGACUGUCCAGUCUGGUGAGAGCAGCCCCAAACUGAGGCACAGUGAAAGCCUGACUCUCAUCCCAUCUGCCACGCCAGAGGAACUGGCCUCCGGGGCUCGACGGAAGAUCUUUAUUCCUAAACCCAAAACAGAAGAACUUGAGGCAGCAGUCCCAGAUCCACAGCCGAAGAAGGAGGAGGUGUCCAAGAGAAGGCGGCUUUCACAAGAUCUUGAGGUGCCCAGUAUGUCUCCUGGGCAGUCCAGGAGGGGAUUGGCCUUUUUGCAGACUCCUAGCCCCCAGAAUACUCCACCGAUUGAGAGGCGCUCCCCGACCAUCAGCAGGCGGACGUCCAAUCUGGAAGUGCCCAAGCUGUAUGAAGAAUCGGUGGAUAAGAGUGAAACGGCUAAGGAAGUACAACCUGAAGUUAAAGUAGAGGACGUUAAGAAGAAACAAGAUCCAUUUAAAGCUCCCCAGGUGAUCCGAAAGAUCCGUGCGGAGCAGUUCUCUGAUGCUUCAGGACACUUGAAACUCUGGUGCCAGUUCUUCAACGUACUAAGUGACUCAACCAUAACAUGGUACAAAGAUGAAUAUCAGAUUGCUGAACUGAAGAGAAGCUCCGGAGAUGAAGGUCAAGUGGCUCUUGCCAUUGUGCAGACGACUAAGAAGGACUGUGGGGUGUAUAAAUGUGAAAUAAACAAUGACUAUGGAACUGAUGCUACAGAUUGUCUACUUAGUGAAGAAGUUUUGUCCGGGUUCCUUUUACGAGAAGAAUCGGAAGUUGGAGAGGAGAUUGAAAUGACCACCAUGGUGUUCACAAAGGGACUGGCUGAUUCUGGGUCCUCGGGAGACAAGUUCUUCGGAAGGAUCAUGACAGAGGAAGUUCACGUUGGAGAAGGGUGCACAAAGAAAGCAAGCAAGGUGAAGGUUAUCUAUGGAUUGGACCCGAUAUUUGAGUCAGGCAGCACCUGCAUCAUUAAAGUGCGAAACUCCAUUGCGUAUGGGACCAAAAAUGGAAGUGAUCUAAUUGAGAGAAACCAUGAAAUUACAAAACAGGAGUGCAAAAUCCAAAACACUGCUAGAGAGUACUGUAAAAUAUUCGCUGCAGAGGCAAGGGUAGUGGCAAACUUUGGCCCAACUCCUGAGAUUAUUCCACUGCACCUCAUCUAUCGGCCUGCCAACCCCAUCCCAUAUGCAACAGUGGAGGAAGACUUGAAAGGAUGCUUUGAGAGGUUCUGCAUUAAGGACAGAAGCGGAAGAUUGAUUAUGAGGAAUGUUACAGACACUGAACAGAAAUGCAGUGCUUUCCAACACUGGAUUUACCAGUGGACAAAUGGAAACUUACUGGUCACUGACAUGGAAGGUGUUGGGAUGAAGAUCACAAAUGUCGGGAUUGCAACAAAAUCAAAAGGGUAUCAGGGUCUAACGGACAACUGUUCACCAGUGCUGGUGGAGCAAUUCACUGCACUCCAUCAAUGCAAUCGCUAUUGUGGGCUGCUCAGCCUGCGGUCCCUGAAGACCAUGGAUACUCUACAGCAACCAGGGAAACUCAAGGGCUCCAGGAGCCCGCUGUUGAACAGGAAAGUUGGAUCGGGGCCAUCGAGCCCGCAGAUGUUGAAAAAGGGAUCGGCGAGCCCUCAGGGCACAAGGAAGGGCACGUCCAGCCCCAAGGUGGUUAAAAAGUCAGAUUCAGGAGACAGCAAGACGACAACGAAACAUAAAGCUGUGGAAAUCCCCAAAUCUGUCAAGAUGAGGUAAUCCAAAUUCAGACAACAAACACACCAUCUUGGAAACAUUCUUCCCAGUGAUUCAGUUGGAUUGUAGAGUGGCACUGCAGUGUCAAACCCCAGACUCUGUCGUUUUUUUUUUUUUUUUUUUUAAAGCCUUGAGUUGUUCCUGAGCAAGUUGUGAACUUCUCUGUAAGAACUGUGUGACCCAUCAUUGAACUUGUGAAAGAUGUACAAAAUAAUAAUAGUUAUUGCUCAUUGUUAGAGAAUGUGUAAUGCAGCAAGAGUUAAAAAAAAAAAAAAAAAAGUUCAAGUUUUGUCUUUUGACAUCUCGUGGUUGAAAUGUGGUGAAGACUGUAAAUAUGAAAAUGUAAUGAGCAAUUAUCUUGAUUUUUAAAGCAAUGAGAAAAUGGAAACGGAUUUUAACCCCCUCCCUGCCGUAUUACUAUAUAUAAUGUAUAAUCUUGCAAAUGCUGGUUUAUCUGCCUUGACUUUUUUGCAGCAUAGUCGUUAUUCAUAUUGCAUUCAGUCAUGACGCGGGGUCUUAAAAUCAAGUUACCAGGUCUCUCAGAAUUGACAGGACUGACUACAGUCUUUAACUAGAAGAAAUACAUGUUACCAAAAAUGACAAAGAUAUGAUAAUAUUGUCAAUCAGACCUUCAACUACAAGUUAGAAGUGGUAUCUCAAAAAAAUAAAAAAAUAAAAAAAAAACAUCUUAUGUGCGCAAUGGGCUUUGGGAUGCCAGUUAUUUGAACUUUAACCCUGGUGGAAGUAUUAUGGUAACCCUAAGUGAAAGGUUGGUUUCUAUUGCAGACCAUGCACUGGCUGGGUUUUCAUUUAGACAGAGAGCGGAAGGUGUAUUUUGAGGUUUAGCUGUUUGUACAUGUGUUUGGUGGAAUGAAUCUAGGCCAACUGGCUGAUAAACUGCAGUCCAAGGAUGUUAACCACUGGGGGUUCAUCUGAAGUGUGGUGAUCUUUAGUCCUGUGACCUUCAAAGACAUCCUUAGUCUAAGUCUGUAGACUGAAAGACGUUAAACAGAUCUGCAAUGACAGUACGUAACCUUUGUGCAUGGCCGUAGCUAGCUAUUAGGUCACCGAAGUCCAGACCUUGGUUAAAGUUUUAGCUUAAAAUAAAAAAAGGUGUUUAAAUAUUAAUUGAUUUACUAUUUUGAAAUAUAUAAACUCUGGUAAAUUUAAUGAAACGAUUAACGUGCACAUAUAAACAAAAUCUGCUGCUACCGGGAGGGGAAAUGUGUUCAGGGUUCAACGUGCAAGGAAGUAUGCUGUGCCACUGUGUGAGGCGCCAGCCAUGCCAAUCAUCCUGUGAAAAAAAACGAUCAGCCAGUGUUGCCAGAUCAGAGGUUUUCCCUCCAGAUCCAGAGUUUUCACAUUUCUGCUCAGGGCAACCUGGAGGUAAGAAAUGGGCAGAGGUUUUUUUGAAAGGUACAUUUUUAAUUUUAGACGAUUUUCCAAAGUUUUUUUUUCUGUCUGAAAACAUUUUGUUCCCUAAGAUUUAUUCAGAAUAUACCUUUCUUCAUUAAGGUGGCAGAUGCGCUGUGACAUCAUGCCUGCUGGCAGCUGCAACCUCUGAUUUUUUUUUUAUAGAGUUUCUCCAGACAUUCGAUUUACUUUGACCAUCCAUAUAAGAUCACUUCAUGUACAGCACGCAUUUGGGCUGCUAGGCACACAUGGCGUCUGUGCUGUAUAGAAUUUGAGUGAGAGGCACAGGUGGAGGCCUAAUGCUUGUUGGAGAGGAAAUAAAUUUAGUUGUUAGAGCAGUGUUUAAGUGUUGAGCCAGUCAAUUUAGAUAUAUUCUAGAAAAUGAAGAAAUAACUUCUUAGGGUUUAAGAAUUAUACAAAUACAGUGCAUUCCAAUGAAUUGCAUACAUGAUAAUUGCAUAUUGCUGUUAACUUUUAAAAAAAGUGAAGCACUUUUCCUAUGAAAAUGCACAUGCAGUAGAUUCCUGUGAAAUGCAUGUCCCAUGUGACUAACAGUUUUAUGCAUUUAACCAGAGUAAGGUGCAUACAUUUUCAAAAGAAAUGUACUUCACAGUUGUAUGCAAUCAUAUGGUAUACAAUUACAUGUAUUAAACUCUAUAUGUUACUGAUAAUUGCAAAUGCUGGUUAAUUACAUAAAAACUUUUAGGCACCUGGGCUAUGCAAGUAACAGGAAUCUACUAUAAUAUGACUUAAUAUGAUGUGCUGCUGGAAUUAUUUAAAGUUGGAUUUCAGUGUCUCUUAAUAAAUUCAGUAUGUAUUGAACUUUUCACCAGCGUAAUUGUUUGUGUUUACAAUUAGAAAAACAGGAACUUGAGCACUCGUACUAAAUUUUUUUUUUCCUAGAGGUAUUCGGGCCAAUUCUAAAGGUUUUCUUGCAAUCAUCUAGAGGUUAUUUUGAGGAGGAUCUGGCACUGCGAUCAGAGUCGGUGUGGUUGGUGUAUAUAAAUUAAUUCAGAUACAAUAGUAUCUUUUAAAAUCUUAAAUUUUGUUCUUUUGAUUUCUUAUAGUAAUAUAGAUCAGGCUCAUGUUAUCACCCAAUUUUACAUUUUCGCUGGAGGAUGAAAGUGAAGUUAAUAAGAGCAUGGUGAAUAUUUGUAUUAGUGUGACAGCAGAGUCAAUAAGUAAAAGCCAACCCUGGUUUUAUAGUGCGAUCUGGUUGGACACAGGAGAUAUCACAGGAAAGAUAAUCCCAGGGUGCACCGCUACAGAACAGAAGAAUCCGGUUUUGCAGCCCACAAGCCCCUGUUUGAACUUGACACAGAAAUUCAGAGAUGUUAGCAGUGAAUUAGCUGGUGGACGGUGUCCUUGGAGGAAAUUCUCACCAACAUGUUCUUAAUGGAAACAGCACCCCAGCUCAUCCACUUCUGUAUCCAACAAUGGAUGAUGAUGCCAGCUUAUGUGCAACUACUGACUUACAAGACACAGGACUUCUCAUUAUAGACAAGUGACUUACCCCUCAAUGAAUAUGAGGGAGGAUGCAGUAUAUUUAGUGCAGCAGUCCCCAAGUCUGUGAGAUUGUGAAUCAUUUAUUUUUGAACGGUGCUCUGUGUUAAGGCAACGCUUGCACUUAAGUUUUGAAGCAUGUGCACUGCAGAGGGAAAUGCAUUGUUAUUUUACAGAGUGGAAUCAAUAAAUGUUACUGUAUCAAGAA